UCUUGUGGUUAAAUACACAAACGCAGGACGGGUCUUGCGUUUACUGAAUAACAGUAGAUGUUCUGAUGUGGGUCUGAUCCAGAUUGAAUAACUUUAAUCGAUAGGAUAGCAGACUGUCAGCGCAGUUACAGUAAGUGUUUCCAGUCAAUACAGAGUUCGUCCAGAUCUGCGUCACCAGCUGAGCGGGCGUCGACCAUCAUAUCAUGGCUUAUCUCGGAAGAUUUCUUUCACUCGCAGUUUUAUUUGGCUUCGUGACGGCUGGAUUGCACAAAAGAACAGCACCUCUGUUCUUGGAAAAGUGGGAUGCACUUAAUGUAAUUUCCCGUCAGAAGAGAAGCAACACCGGUGAUGAAGAGGCAAAACUCCCUGCCAACCUUGAGAGGGAGUGUUUAGAGGAAGUUUGUGAUUAUGAGGAAGCAAGAGAAGUCUUCCAGGAUAAUUAUCGGACAGAUAUCUUCUGGUCUGUCUACAUUGAUGGUGACCAGUGUGCUGAUCAUCCAUGCAAAAAUGGAGCCAUGUGUUCAGAUAGUGUGGGCGGUUAUGACUGCAUUUGCAAAUCAGGCUUUACAGGAAUCCACUGCGAGACGGAUCAAACAGUAUGUGUAAUAGAUAAGAGCAAAGGUUGCAGUCAGUUCUGUAAGCCAGGCUAUCAGUCGUACGAGUGCUCGUGUGCUUACGGUUGGAAACUGAAGCAGAGAGAGAAGUGCGAGCCAGCUGUGACAUUUCCAUGUGGAAAAAUUAGUAGCUUGAGCCAGUGGGGCAGACGUCAAUCAUCUAACAUACAGUCAGACUAUGAAGGACUCAUCUGUGGCCCAGAAGAGUGUCCCUGGCAGGCAUUGCUGCGUCAGGGAUCUAGUGGCUUCUGCAGUGGGGUCAUCUUCAAAGACAAUCUGGUUCUUACCACAGCCCAGUGUGUGGGGAAGUACAGCGACUUUCAGGUGGCAGUGGGCAAAAGGGUGACCUCAUUUGAAGCAGGAGAGCAGACGCUUCAUGUACAGCAGGUGCACAUCCACCCACUAUAUGCUGAUGGCAAACCUGAGAAUGACUUGGCUGUGGUAGAGCUGAGAGGGAAGAUUAUUUUCAAGAAGAAUGUGGUUCCAGCUUGUCUUCCAGAGAGAGACUUUUCUGACAGUGUGCUCAUGGCCGGCGACUACAUGGGUGUGGUCACCGGUUGGAAGGAAGUUUCAGGUGCAACAGAUUUUCAAGGGAACCUCAUGUUAAACCACCUAUCCUACGACAAACUGCCGAUUUGUUUGCAGCGCCACUCUGGUCAGGUCACCAACAAGAUGGCCUGUACUAUGCCCCGAGCUAAAGCAGACUGCAUCUUUGGACCCGGCAGCCCUGUGCUCACGCUGUACCGAGAGGUGUUCUUCCUCACUGGCGUAGUGAGCCAGCCUUCAGGAACUGACUGCAAGAAUGGCUACAUCUUACAAAAAGUGUCUCGUUUUUUGCCAUGGUUAAACUCCUUCAUGAAGCCAUAAUGAAAGAAAAAAAAUGAACAUGCGAUACACUUCUGCCAUGUGAUAUUAGUUAAUAUUGCCAUUGUUUCCACCUACACGCAUAACUUAUGGUAUUGUGCACAGCCAGUCAAAAAAUUAGAAAAAUUACAGCAGAACUGAUCUGAUUUGUGGCGUUGGUCCUGAACUUUUGUGUUAUAUUAGCAGAGGCAGAGAAAGUUGUUACAUUUUGAUUACAAAUACAUUUUGUUUGUUUUUUUAAAUAACUGAUAAAUAUUUCACAAUUUUUUUUAAUUAUUUAAAAUAAUAUUCCCUCACUUAUAAAGUUAGUCAGUUUUUAUUUGUACCAAAACACUCCUUAAUUAGUAAUAUAUGACCAUUGUAUAAAUAAUGAGCAUGAGAAGUGCAGAUAGAAUAAAUGAGGAACUAAUACCAGAGCUAGUUUUCUUUCUUUCUUUCCUUUCUUUUUUUUUUUUUUUUAAGCUUGACAGCCAUUCAGAAGUAUGUAAACUAUGUUGAGUAACCUUGACUAUGCAUUUUAUCAUAGAUACUGCUGUGAUUCUUUGGAUAAGUGACUAUUGGCCAUAAAUAAAAUAAUAAUAAUAACAAAAA